UAGCAAACCAACAAGCCGUUAGCUGACCACCCCUAGCGUUACUGGGCUCAACUUGCGCGUCUCAGCACCAUUUCCCCCCCUCGGCUUCCAGCAACACGGCACCUUGCGAGACAGCUCAAAUUGCGCUCUGGACGGGAACCUGUGAGCCCACCUUCGGAUUCAUAGCAACUUUGCACAUAGUCAACUUCGAUGACAAAUUUGUCAUCCGAAAUGCGAGAAGUACGCCAACAGACCAUGGGCAUCUCCUCGCGGCGCUCUGCCUGUGACAGAUGCCGCGGCCAGAAGCUGCGUUGCCUUCGCGAGGGCCGUCAGGGUGACACCGAUGGACGCUGCGACCGCUGCGUGAAGGCCGAUGCGCAGUGCGUUACUAGUCCGAUUUACCACAUUCGUCCCUACACAUUUCCCGCCGGCAAGGGUAGCGUCGCUUCGGUUACCUCCACCGUCGGUGCCUCCAGGUCCAUGUCCGGCCCCAAACCAAACAAGCGGAGCCGGACUCAGACCCAGGCACGUUGCGAACAACGUACUGGACAUACGCAGCAGACCGGCCAGACGUCGUCGGCUGCUGGAUCCAUCCCAGGUGCCUUCUUGAGCUGGCAGGCGUCGGAUGUGCCCCAGGCCGAGCUUGGGUUUACAUCCGAAUCCGACUCCGUCUCUGGGUCCAAAACAACGUCAGUCUCAUCUCAAAGUCCGCAGGGAUGGAACUCUUUGGCCGAUUCCGUUGCUGCACCGCUGCCCAAUAUCCCAGCGGUGCACCAGACGGCACACUCCUGGGACGCUGAUGGCCUGACCCUCGAGCAUCUGUUUGCCGCAGACAAGACCUUCACCUCCUUCAGCGGAGGGACUGCUGCACACACUGCCUCGCCACUUGGUGAACAACGUCCUCAACCCAUGGGCACGGCAUCAUCACACAGCGGCAAAUGGCUUCUAUUCUGCGAGGAUGCGCUGGGAGACUGCUCGCCCGAGGAUUACGGGGGUAUGCAACUCGGUCUUCAUGUCCAGCAGGAUGCCAGCUUCGAGAAUGUCCCCCAUCAAGCCAAUCUCGCCGAGGAACUAUCCAGCAUCAACCAUGAUCUUGUAACCCAGCUGAGCCGCAUGACCCAGGGCCCGCCCUACAUGACCAUGAAGACUCUCAUCAUGCCACAGUGUGAGUGCGCAGGUGGCCAAGGUUCAGACGUGACUGAGACGGCCUUGUCGAGACCAAUCGACGACAUCUUCAACACCACACGCCGCUAUCUUGAUGUUGUGACCCGUAUCGCUGGGCCAUCGGCGCGCUUUAUGCCUAGAAGGUCCUUUCCCGUCCCCGCCAGCGGCGCGAGUGCAUCGAAUGGUUCGAUAUCGACAUCGUCGCCGAGCGAGUCGUCAGACUUAUCCUCCUCCUCUGACGACAGCAGCCAGUCUUCUGCAGAUACCAUACCGCCGUCUACUACUACAGACACUAGUAGUACCAGGUUCGACAACCCGGGACUUGGACCACUAGGGAACCACCGAAAGGUCGAUUCUGCAACCCUACUCCUGAUCCUCAUCUGCUAUGUGCACGUCCUGAGGCUGCACGUGGCGCUGUUUGCGCAUGCAUACGAAUACUUCCUGUUGCUCUCUCAAAGUGGCAAUAGUACCAUUGACCCGAUCCCGGGGCUCUGCGGGCUGGGCAAUUUUCCUGUCCGUAAGUGGCCAUUUCACCUUCAAGUUUCCCCAUCUGCGAGACCCUUGACCAGUUAUUAACCACUGUACAGGAUCGGGCAAUCUCCAAGCCAACAUGAUCAUCGACGUCGUCAUCAACAUCUUCGACAAGAUCGAAACCCUGCUAGGUCUGCCUCGUGAGUUCCGCCUCGGUAAGCGCGAAGACGGGCACAGCGGGCUGUUCCGACGGGAAGGUUUUCUUGGUAUUGCUGAGGAAAUGCUGAGGAGAGAACUUGAUGAUGGGGGGCUGCCGGUGGAUGGGAAAGGGGGUGUUGAGGCGCUAAGGAGGGAUCUGAAGAGGACGAGGCAAGUUCUAAGUGCACUGAUCGAUCCUUAGGACUAUUUUGAUCCGACAGGAGAUAAAAGGAAAUUGGGCUCAAUAUCGCGAGAACCGUAAUUCGUA